CUCCCCGUCUCCUGCAAUCAAUAUUCUUCUUCUUCUUCUUCUUCUUCUUCUUCUUCUUCUGUUUUCCCUUUUUAUGUGGCUUCAUGGAUCGGACCGACCGAUCGAUUUGGACAAUUUCCCUUUCUCUUUGAUUUUUAGAAAUUGUCCAGUCAUAACGACGGAAAUCCUUCCAUUUUUUUUUUUUGUUCUUUAAAGUUCUGAGGUAUGAAAUGCUUGAUGGAAGUGAUGUGAUUGGAGGUGUUUGUUUUGAUGUGAAAUGCGGAUUCCUUUUCCUAUUUGAACUGGUCUUGCAAGUUGCAACCCGUUUGGCCGCUGAGAAAAAUGUGUUUUCACUUAAGUACUUGCAGAAAUAUAUAAAAGGAACUGCGUUGACCUGCUUCCCGAUUGUCGAGUGCGGAUCUGAAGCCUUGAAUUUCUGGGUCUGUCAGGUUUAGAAGACAUAUCCAAAAUGAGUUGGAACCUGCAAGUGGAAGCUAACUAUGUAAACGCUAGCUUUCCUUAUAAUUCAGCUGGUAGCUUUAUCAAUUUCUUUGAAGGCCUUGCAUAUGAACAUGUGAAUUUCAUUUUUGCUGAUGCACUCCAUGUUCAGGAGAGCACUUAUCCUUCAAUGCAUUCAAGUUUCUACAAAUUUGGGUUAUCUGAACCAGGGAGCGUUUCAUAUUAUGAUCAUAGCCACGAUUGUGUAUUCAAUGAUCACGCACCAGCAAUGGAUGAAUAUGAUGGACAUUUUGAAACUUCUGUACCAAUGACUACUGAACAGACUGCACAUGUACGUACACAAUUGGAAGAGAAUUCAGGCAUAAAUGUGAAUACUAGCCAUGUAGAAUGUCCUCGAGGUAAUCAUAAUGCUCAUGAUUAUCAGGUUAUGUGGCAAGACAAUGUUGACCCUGACAACAUGACUUAUGAGGAAUUACUUGAGUUGGGUGAGACAGUAGGAACUCAAAGUCGAGGUCUCUCCCAAGACCUUAUCUCCUUGCUUCCUGUAAGAAAGUUCAAGUAUAGCUUCUUCAAAAGAAAGAAGUUAAGAGAUGAGAGGUGCGUAAUUUGCCAGAUGGAAUACAAACGAGGUGACCAGCAGAUGAUUCUUCCUUGCAAACAUGUCUAUCAUGCCGGUUGUGGCGCCACAUGGCUUCGCAUCAACAAGGCUUGCCCCAUUUGUUACACCGAGGUAUUCGGAGUUGAAGAUGCAUCAAAACACUAAGAUUUGUCAGUAGCAAGCAUAAAGAAGAUACGAAUUCCAUUUUUCUUUCUUUUUGGUUUGCUUUUCUGUAUCUAGGACCUCGUCUACUUUACAAUGGUUCAUUUUUCCACUUUGUUCUAAUUAGCUUCUGUAAUAAAUGAAGAUGAUGAACAUAAUACAGGGUGGGUCUAUCACAGAGGUUGGAUUGGA